CCAAACCGAGGGGAGAAGGACGCAAAUCCUGCCACUUUCAGCAUGUGCUUGAACACAAGCCGAAUUCUCAGCUCUGGAUGAUCAUCUCUGCGCGCUCCGCUAGAGAUCUGUCGCAAUCCCACACUCGAUGAUCGAUCUUCGGCUUGAAGAUGCGCGCCAAUAGUUAGCUAUAUCUUCGCCCAUUGCUGUUUAAUGUAAGUCAUUCUUCAUGGCGUCUCUACAGCAGUCAAGAAUUCAGUCAUACCUGGAGAAGAAUAAAAUCGGACCAUUGUUUGAGGAGAUGAUGACCAAGCUGAUAACUGAGACACCAGACCACCCCAUUCCAUUUCUCAUUGGCCAUCUGCAGACCAAGCAGGAGAGUCCAGGCAGGAUUCAGAGGACACUGUCGGGUUCUGCUGCAUUGUGGGCUGAGAGCUCCUCAGAAUAUAAAGGCACACGACGGGACUCCAGGGGAAAUGAAAAGCCCUGGCAGAUCCAUCCAAAAAAGCCCAAGAAAUCAAAGAGUGACCUGGCUGUGUCCAACAUUUCCCCACCCUCUCCUGAGUCUAAAUCAUUGCCUCGUUCAAUACUGCGCCCCACCUGGGACUGGAGGACUAAACCUGAGAGUCGAGACUUUGAUGAGCUCAACCAGAUACUCCAGGAGAGCAAGAAGCUAGGCAAGGCCCUAGAGAACCUGUCCCGCAGCAUUGCUGUAUCUGAUGACUUUGACCUGGACCCCCGAGGGUAUAACUCUGUACUGAGGCCGCGGGUGGUGGGUGAGUGGGUGGGCCGUGAGGAGGAUGAUUCCGACCCCCUUGCCGCUGAAAUGCUUCAACCCCCUGUCCCCAGAGCAAAGACUGAGGGUUGGACAAGCAAAGACAACAGCCCUGUUGGAAGCUUGAAAAUGGAGACUAAGUGUAAAGGCCUAAAACAGCAGCAACAAAACCAUAAAAAACUUCUGGCAGCCAUGUUGUCUCAGGACUCGUUUGACUCCAUGCCUGACUCCGCCCCUUCCGUCACUGAGGAUGAAAUGGAGGAUGAGGAUGAUGCCAUGGAGCUGCUGGAGGAUUUGGAUGACCUGCGAAUGGAGGGGGUCACUGGCCUGGUGCCGUCUGGCAGUAAGUUUAGCCAGGGCCGCAGCUCCUACUGUUCAGAGCCCCAGGCCAAAGUCACUCUCAACAUCUGCUCAAGGUGUGCAAGGCUUCAAGGGGACAGUCUCACUCCUGCAGGACCAGAAGAACCCACACCUUACAUCCCAGAGCAAGCUGUCCCAGAAAUACCUUGUCUAUUACCCGCGGUGACAGAAACACUGACAGCAGCAGAAGACCUGCAGAAGGCCUCUCAGGUGACAGGGCAGCGUCACCCUGUCUGGGCAUCGGAUGUGAAGCCGAUCAGAGGCAUGAGCCCCCAGACAACCAGACGUACUCUGCAGCUCCAGGACUCCCUGUUUUCUAAGGAACUGGAGAACAUGGGCAAACAUCUCGCCGAGGUGGAGAAGGACUUGGCCAAGCUGGCAGAACAAGGAAAGCUCAACCGAAGUCCAAACAGCCCUCACCGGAGCUUGCUUUUAACCCCUCUCUUCCACACCACAAACACUCAUCCUGUCAUCGGACAGACGUCCAGACCACAGUCUCCCAGCAGCCUUUCCACAAAGACAGCAGGCCUGCCACUUUACAACACUAAACCCACAACCCUAGUCAUGGGCCGGACAUCUCCCAGCAAUCCCAGCAGCCGAGCCCAGACCCCUAGUGGAGCACGGACACCCAGCAGACCUGUGACCCCCAAUAGUCUCUUGCGAUCAUUCACUGCUGGAAGCCAUGGAAACACAGAGCGGGUGUAUGGACGUUCUAGAAGCAGACCUGUCACACCAACUGGACAGAUAACAAGGCCGAUCCUCACACCCCCAGGCCUGAGCACUACAGAUUUAUAUGGAGGCCUAUGGAGCACACUGACAGAGGAUGAGUUUUACCAGCAGUUGCAAGCAGUCAGGAAGCCCUGGCGCAUCCCUAGUGACACAGAGAGUGAUCCUCCUGAGCAGGACAAGUGUAAUCCAAGUGGAGUGAGAGAUGCCAGCAAAAGAUCAGUGUUCUCAGCUGGGUGCCUCUCAAGCAUGUGGCAGUUCAGAGUCAAGGUAAUGACGACAGUGUCUCCUGUGUGGUUUGACUCUUUGUGCCCAGCUGAGGUUUUACAGUUUGAGAGGGCAGACUGGCCCAUACAGUCAAUGCAGCCAAUAAGCUUUGUGGUGGAACUGGGCUAACCAACCCAAAGCUGGGUGCCGAAUCCUGUGACUUCAUCCAUAAUACUGUAUACACGCCCAUGUAUGUACAAAAUGAAAUGGAUGGCAGCUCAGACACUCAUUUUUCCAUUCUCACAUUUAUCUUUGACAUGUUCAAAUAUUAAAGGGUGUUUUUUAUGGUAAUUACUGAGGUUAUUAUGCUUAUUAGUGGUUAUAUUGAACUGAAGUCUGUCUCUGAGCAACUAAUGUUUUUGUCUUUCUGCAGGCUUGUAAUGAUGUGUAUAGAACACACAGAUUCAAUCAAACAUUUAUGCAAUUUAAAGGGGCAUUUGAAAAUUGAUUUAGCAAGAGACACUUAUUUUUUAAAUUUUCAGCAGAAGAUUGUGUACUUUUUCCACAGAAGUUAAUAUUUCUUAAAAAUGAAGGUAUUAUACAGUACAGCCAUUUAAAAUGAUAGAAUGUAGUAUGUUUAUCAGAAAAACAUAAGCCUGUACUUGAAUUUUCUCUCUGUUAGCAUGAUUCUUGUCUGUCCAUGAAAUGUUAUUAUUUAAUGCUGCCUUGCGUAAAUAAAUACAAUUGAUCACUUUAUGUGCCAUAUCAAUGGUUGGUAAUGGGGAUUUUAAUAAGCCCUUUUAAUAAAGGUAAGCAACACAGUAAACUAUGUUUUAUGGCAUUAGCAGACAAUGUGGAUAUUAGAAUUGUUCCGGUAUAUGUACAAUGUAAAUCCUCAGUUGGACAUGCACAGCACUGCCCUUGUGGACCUCAGCAUGACACUCUAUCAUUCCCAAAAGCAUUGUGUGUCUACAACUGGUGAGGACAGAUUUCUAAAGAUCAAAUUACUUUGACUUUUAUACCCACAGAAAAAUAUGUAGCCUGUUACCUGUUAUAUCCUUGU